AACAUGGAACGUGCUUUCUCUCAGAGAGCGCUCUCUUCCUUUUGGCACGCCACGCUUUUUACAGUUAUACAGCAGAGCGCGGCUUUUCGCAAGCCUCGCUCCAUAAAAUCAUUCAGUUUGUAGACAACGUUUGCCGUGGCCAAGAAAGAACGGACAAGCACUACUUUAGUUGGAACACCAUUUCCAACUGUAAACGGCAGCGCGAUUAUAGGCAACAAAAAAUAAGGAGAAAAAGAGUACGCCUGUGUGUGCGAUAGUGCGUACGUCACAGAAGUAGCGCGUGUGUGUGUGCUGUGGGAAAAAUCAGUAAAAUGUUUAUGCAAAUCAUGCGACGAAUGUGCGCCAAUUGCGUUAAAUCGUAAAGUGCUUUAAGUGAAACAAAAUUAUAUAAUUAAGGAGCGGUCCAACGAAAUAAACGAAAAGUGUUUUUUUGUCAAAUACAAAGGAAAAUUAGAGGUUGCAGCUCCUCUUCCUUUUCUUCGCGUGUGAGUGUGUGUGUUUGUAUCUGCGUAGGUGUAGGCGAUUCUGGCCGUGUGUUGGUGUCUCGUGGCCAGCUGUCAGUGUGUGUGUGAGCGGCAGUGGGCGUCUGUAUGUGUGCACUGUGGGUGCAACAACGUGAACGCUUCAUCCCGGAAGUGAUUUGUAUAAGGCCGAAAGCCUCUGAAAUUUUACACCCGAGCGGAAAUAGUUGCCACUAUUUUGUGAUGAAGUCAUGUGGAAAUAGCAGUACAAUUAUAGGCAAAAGUUAAUUAAACGCUGCAUCAUUUGCAAACUGCAAAAAGGAAUUCUUAACAAUCGCAAUAAAACUUUUGUCGAACAAAAGUAAUUAAAGGACCUCACACCCAUACCCACACCCAUACCCACACUCACUUGCAGCUAUGCGACAACAACGUUGGUAGGCGUGGCAAGGGGGCAAGGCGGCGAGGAGGCGAGUGGGGCCAGGCGGAGCACAGGAGUACAUGGCCAGGAGUCAGCUGACGCUGCCAGCCGCAAACAGCUAACAGCUAACACCCAGGAGCCCCAAGCAGCGGGCGCCAAGGACGCAGGGCGCAGGACGACAGGACGCAGGACGAAGUCGAAGUCGAAGCGACGGCCAACAAAAUGCAGAAGGAGAACAAUGUCACGGCGGAGAAUUGCCAAUUUGUGGGGCCCUAUCGCCUGGAGAAAACCCUCGGCAAGGGUCAAACGGGUCUCGUCAAGUUGGGCGUGCAUUGUGUGAUUGGCAAGAAGGUUGCGAUUAAAAUAAUCAAUCGCGAGAAACUCAGCGAAUCGGUGCUAAUGAAGGUCGAACGUGAAAUCGCCAUAAUGAAACUAAUCGAUCAUCCACACGUCCUUGGCCUGAGCGAUGUGUACGAGAACAAGAAGUAUUUGUAUUUGAUAUUGGAGCACGUAUCCGGCGGAGAGCUCUUCGAUUACCUGGUGAAGAAGGGUCGACUGACGCCGAAGGAGGCGCGCAAGUUCUUCAGGCAAAUCAUCUCCGCCCUGGAUUUCUGUCACUCGCAUUCGAUUUGCCAUCGGGACUUGAAGCCGGAGAACCUGCUGCUGGACGAGAAGAACAACAUUAAGAUAGCGGACUUUGGCAUGGCUUCCCUGCAGCCAGCUGGCAGCAUGCUGGAGACCUCCUGCGGCAGCCCACACUACGCGUGUCCAGAGGUCAUACGGGGCGAGAAGUACGAUGGCCGCAAGGCGGAUGUCUGGUCCUGCGGGGUCAUCCUCUACGCCCUCCUGGUGGGUGCGUUGCCCUUCGACGACGACAACUUGCGCCAGCUGCUGGAGAAAGUCAAGCGCGGCGUCUUUCACAUACCGCACUUUGUGCCGCCGGACUGCCAGAGUCUGCUGCGCGGCAUGAUUGAGGUCAAUCCGGACCGGCGGCUCACGCUGGCUGAAAUCAACCGCCAUCCGUGGGUCACGGCUGGUGGCAAAGGAGAGCUGGAGCUGGAGCUGCCCAUGAUGGAGGUGGUGCAGACACACGUUAUUCCCACAGCCACCGCGGUGGAUCCGGAUGUGUUGAACGCGAUUUGCUCGCUGGGCUGUUUCAAGGAGAAGGAAAAACUCAUCCAGGAGCUGCUCAGUGCAAGUCACAAUACGGAGAAGGUUAUAUAUUUCCUGCUGCUCGAGCGCAAGCGAAGGCGACCUGCGCUGGAGGAUGACGAUGAGAUUGCGCAAAAGUCCCGAAGCGAACUGGAUGCAGUGGAUCCGCCGCGUAAGCGUCUGGACACCUGUCGCAUCAAUGGCACCAAUGCACCCAGCUAUGGACAGAUAUCGGAAGGUUCGCCGCUCACGCCAAGACGACAGGCCUUCAACUUCCGAUCGUACAGCAGCACCCGGAACCACCAACGUCGAUCGCCCACAACUGUUUCCUCGUCGGUGCGGAGCUCCUCAUAUCACAGUCCCACGCGCUGCAACUCCCCGAUGAGUUCGGCGCAGCAGCAGGCGAAUGCCAUAUCCCGACCAUCCUCCCCGGCGGCGGGCACCCGGCACUCCACAUACGGGGAUCGAGAUCGCUCCGGACACCACUCCUCCGUCAGCCGGACGCCGUCGCACAGUUCGCAGAAGAGCAUCGAGGGCGAUGUGGUGGUGGUGCGGGAGCCGCGGAUCGAGCGCAGGGAUUCACUGCGUCAGGAGCGCGGCGGAGGAUCGCCGCGGGAGCGAGGCGAUUGCGGCAUACCGCCGGGCAGUCCGGGUGGAAACUCGAGCGGAUCCACCUCUGCCUCGCCGUCGGUGCACCACCGUGCCAACUCAGGUCCGACCAUUGCCAUUAGUAUGUUCCACGAUCCAGAUUCGAAUAGUGUUGUGAAUCCCAAUGGGUCGCCCAUGAUGAACAACAGCAGUCCGGGAAUGCCCGGAUCUCCUUGCAAUACACCCGGUGGUCAGUUGUGGAAGACGCGGCUGACAAACAUCAAAAACAGUUUCUUGGGCAGUCCGCGGUUCCAUCGCAGAAAAAUGCAGGUUUCUGCCGAUGAGGUGCACUUGACGCCCGAAUCUUCGCCAGAGCUUACGAAGCGCUCCUGGUUUGGAAAUCUCAUAACAACCGAGAAGGAUGAGACCUUUACCAUUUUGGUCAAGGGCAAGCCCAUUGCCACAGUAAAGGCGCAUUUGAUACACGCAUUUUUAUCCAUGGCCGAACUAUCUCACAGUGUGGUGUCGCCCACCUCGUUUCGGGUGGAGUACAAGCGGAAUGGCAACGGACCUGUCAUGUUCCAGCGCCACGUUAAGUUCCAGGUCGACAUCAGUGCCAUUUGCAAACAAGGCGACAUAGCAGACAUGUUGUUUGCAUUGACAUUUACGCUGCUGUCAGGUAACAUUCGGCGUUUUCGGCGCAUAUGCGAGCACAUCCAAUCCCAGGUGUGUUCCAAGCGGUUCCCGGGUCCCAGUAGUCCGCCAACGGUGACCAGCGUGACCCAGGCGGUCUCGGAGAGCUCCUCCUGCGGAUCUGUGUCCAGCGAGAGAUUGUCGUACAAGCGCCAGGUGAUUGAAAACGACAUGGAGAACGACUCCAUAUUCUCGUACAAGUCGGGCAAUGGACGUAGGGCCUCGACCACGAACAACAAUAAUGCCAAUCCAGUUGACAUACCCGGAAGUCCAAUUGCGGUGCGGUCCAAUUCCGAGACCGCUGAGCACGAACGCAACCGCGAGCUGCAGAGUGAGCGUCAGGCGACAACGAUGUCCGGUAGUGCAAUCGCAUGAGAAUUAUUUCUCUGAUUUAGUUACAUUUUUCUCAAGGACAUUUGUUUCCAUAUGGCACUAGUGAGCAACAAACGCAAACAGAUAUUGUAAACCAACUGGAGAACGAAUCAGCCACUCAACAGUAUUUUUUCUAGAGUACCAUCAGCCAGAGAUCUUCAAACUAAGUGAACACACACGAAAUCCGAUUAAUAUAACAAAGCAAUAAUAGUGGAAUUUAUAUGAAAUAGCAUAUGUAACGAAUCUGGACUUUUGAAUGCCGAUCGAUAAACAGAACUUUGCUAGCUGCUCUAGCUUUUAUCGAACUUGAUUUUCUAUUAAUUGUUAAUUUUUGAUUGACUUUUUGUAUAUGUUCUUUUGAGGGACAUUGUUGCCGCCGCGCCUAAAAAGCUUGCAAAUAUAAACACCGUGUAAAAAUAUACAAAAAUCAAGUUACCACUAGCCUAAGUCGAACCAGUUAUUCUAGUCAUUUUCUUUACCUAGACUAGGCAUCGUAUUUAGCUACGCAAAUGAGGAUUGCUACUCAAGAAAAUUCGCUGACGAUUUGUAUAGAGUGUAUAAAGGAUAUUACGCAAAUGCACUGAUCUUUAAAUACUAACUAAAGUAACAAAAGAGAAACAAAAAACAAGAUAACUUUUGCAUUACCUUAGCGUUGCUGUUUUUUCUAACAAACCAAAUCGAUAUAACUAUUUUGCUAGCCAUAAAAAUAAAAACAACAACCGACGAAUCAGGACGGAAAACGCAAACUAUUUUUCCUAAUAAAAGUACUAAACAAACGCGUCAACUUUCGAACUUCAGACAUGCAUAUAUGACGAUCAAAAGAGUGUUGUGCGGUAGAUAAACUCAACAGAUAUUGAUAGGAAUGAAGGAAAACAAAAAUAUAUAAUGUACAUAAGACACCGAAUUACUAAAACGGCACAGCACAUGCCCAAUAAAGCAUGCACACCACAUUAAGGUAAUGACAUUAAAUACCAGAAACAAUAUAUUUUGCAUGGGUAUGAAAUAAAGCUUUCUUAACCGAUACUUGUAUAAAUCGAUUGGGACGAAAUAUAUAUCUAUGUAUAGAAGAGGUCGGGGAUUGUACAAAUUGCUGGGUUGCAUCAGAGACAAAAAAACCUAGAAGAGAAAUUCAAUUGGAGGUGGUAUAUUUUUUAUUGAAAAGCAAGUAGAGCAAACAAGCUGUCCAAGAAUGCACAAAUCGCAAUGCUAUCGACCUUCGACCUACGAUAGUCUUUCUCUCAGUGUAUGACGUGUUUCGCAUGGCAACCCCACUAACAAUCACAUUGAAUCUUUCCCUACCCUACUUUUGAGUGGUUUUCAUAGUUUAUAGAUUCUUUUCUAGCACCCAAGCCAAUCAGAGUUCUUUAUAUACCGCAUACGAUGAUUUGAAACUAAAAGACUUAAGAAAUCGACAUAAAGCUAAUGAAAUCCAAACAAAAAACCGUCCAUUUAUCCACUUAAAGCUAACAACAAUGUAGGAGCACCUCAGCAAUUUGUGGAAUCUACUGGAUAAGAAUGUAAGGGAAAACUGAAUAUUGUUUGUAACGUGUAAAAGGAUAUAGAUCUAUACUGAAACUGUGUAUGACAGCAAUAUCAAAAUAGUCAGAGGGGACGUAUGAAGCGAUACUAAAACGUGAUUAGAACAAAUAUUAAACGACAAAUUACGACAAGUUAAUAAAUGCUUAAUGAUAAACCGAGUUAAGGUCGCAUAAAACACAAUAAAUAUUAAACAUACCUAUUUAGGAGUAUUGAAUCAGUACUUGGAAAACACACACGAGAACGAACUCAAACAAGAAUCAUGCAAUAAUAUUGAAAUGAAAUUACUUUCUAGCAUUAACUACGAUACAUCAAAUUAUUUAUCGCUCAUCAUAUGGAAAAUACUCAAGAAGAAACGCAUUUAAGCUGAACACACAUUCAAAAUUAAGCUCACCGACUUGAAGAGAUGGCAUUCAUAUAUUUAUACAUGCAUAUAUCAUAUACACCUCGAUCAUAUUGUAUUCUGUAUUUACUUUCAUAUACAAGAACAAAGUCCUACCAGCAUACCCAACAUAUACGAAGUAUACAUCUAUAUGCCUCACCUGCAUUCGUACAUCCAUAUAUAUUUACAUACAAGCGCAUUUAAUACAAGUUACAUUUCAUCACCAAAAUUGUACCAUAAGAAAUGUAAAGAUCAUAUUUUUCGCUCGAUACUAAAACCUAAUAACACUACACCUAAGCAUUACUAAACGCUCUGCAAACUAAACUCCAAUCGCGGCUACGAGCAAAAGUAUAACGAUAAUUGCUUUAUAAGGACUCCAAUCCAAACACCUAGUACUCAAAGCUGCAUUAUGCCACGCCUACCUUUUUACCUUAACUGAAGCCUAUACUAGAUGAUCAACCAAUCUUUCGCGCUCUUCUCAAAAACAUAAUCACCACCAAGCCCAACUAACUCAUUUUAACUGCUUCGCACCGUGCAAUGAGCAGCGAAUAUUUGCGCCGAGAUAAUUUUAUAUGCAACGUAUACAUAUUUCUAUCUAUAGUAUAUAUAUACACCCCGAUAUGUAUACAUAUACACGCAUUAUACACCAAAGCAAGCGCUUUACUUCAGAUGCAAAUGUAGUGCAAUGGAGAAUGUUUAUUACUCAUUACAAAAUAAACGAUUCGCAUACUUAUUAAAAUACAUUUAGAGGGUAAUGUUGUGUAUUGUACUACGCUUUUUACGUUGUUGUUUUCGUUUUCCCCUGCGUUUCAACAUAAUAUUCUAAUAUUGUAAUUAGUUCUGCAAGUGAUUACGGCUAAGUUAAAUACUGCAUUGUGCGCUUUGUUUUGUAUCUUCGGAUAUAAGUUGAAUGAUUGUAUUUUGUAAUUUAAUUUUAAGCUUGAGGAAUCGCGUCUGAGGUGGAUGAAUCGGAGACAGGCCGAGAUCGAACCAUACAAGAGAUAAAUAUUAGAACCAACAAGUGUAAGGGAAACGACAAAACCAAAACAAACAAAAACAAAACAAGAACAAACCAACAAAGUGGCAUCUGUUAUUAGGUUAAAAGAAUUAUUGAUAUUGUUUGCAAGAAAAUGUGUGAAAUAUAUAUAAAUACAAAUAAAAUACCACUUAGCAUAAAAGCAAACCGUGAACAGACAAGCAAACAACAACAGAUUG